GGCCGGUGCGGCGCCGGCAGCGGCGGGGCACCGGGGCGGGGGUACGCAGGCUACGGCGCAUGGAGCUCGCACGCCUGGCCGAGGGCGCCCAGGAGGUCCCGUGGGAGGCCGCUCGCGCACCGGCCAGGCUGCUGCGGGCGGAGGCGGUGCACGGCAUGCCUUCCUCCGGCGGCGAGGAGGACGCCGCCCUGCUCAGCAACGAGGGGAGUCCGCUCGGCAGGAAUGAGUCCGCAGGCGGGUCCGCAGGUGAUGCGGAUGUCGAUGCCGUGAAGCACGAGCUCGCCGAGAGGAAGAGGCGGCAGAGGGAGGCAAUGGGCAAGGACGAACAGGAGGAGGCGCUGUGGAUGGAGAUCGCCAAGGAC